AUGGCAACCACAGCUGCGAAAUCAUCGGCGGAUGCGUGCUACACGCUCAUUCACCCGAGCCUGGAUGUUGAAAUUCCGAACCUGCAGACGCUCCGGCGCAACCUCGAGCGCGGCACUGACGAAAUCAAGCGCGAGGCCCUGCAGCAGGUCAUUGCCGGGACAAUCCAGGGCGAAAACUACGAGCAGCUGCUCAUGCACAUUAUUCCGUCGCUAAAGAAGCUGCUCCUGUUCUACUGGGAGGUGUGCCCAAAGUACUCAGCCGACGGGACCCUGAAGCAUGAGACGAUUCUGAUCUGUAACGCGCUCCUCAACGAUCUGCAGCACCCGAACGAGUUCAUCCGGGGAGCCACACUGCGGUUCCUGUGCAAGCUGCGCGAAGCAGAGCUGCUGGAGCCCCUCGUUGGCCCGACCCGCGAGAACCUCGAGCACCGGCACGCGUACGUGCGCAAGAACGCAGUGAUGGCGAUCUCGUCCAUCUACCGCUGCCUGCCGCACCUGGUACCGGAUGCACCUGAGCUCAUCUACUCGUUCCUGGUGGCCGAGGCCGAUAUGACAUGCCGCAGAAACGCGCUGACAAUGCUGACGGCAUGCGCACCCGAGGUGGCUGUGCAGUGGCUCAAGGAGAACGUGCAGCUGGUAGCCAGCUUUGACGAGCUGCUACAGUUGGCGGUGGUCGACCUGAUCCGCCGCGCAUCGCGCGAGUUCCCCAGCGACAAGGCGCUGUUCAUUCGCUGUAUCUUUGAGCUCCUAGGCGCCACAUCCAACUCUGUCAAGUACGAUGCCGCGACGACGCUGGUGAGCCUGACUGCCAACCCGGCGGCCAUCAAGGGUGCUGCUGCGUGCUACAUCACACUGGUGGCCAAGGAGUCGGAUAACAACGUCAAGCUGAUCGUGCUUGAGCGCCUGGACCAGCUGCGCAUGCGCCACGAGGGCAUCCUGGACGAUCUGGUCAUGGACCUGCUCCGCGUGCUGACCAGCCCCGACCUGGAUGUGCGACGCAAGGCCCUGAACAUCGUGAUGAACCUGACGUCACGGCGCAACAUCAACGAGGUCGUGGCGGUGCUCAAGAAGGAGCUCGGCAAGACUGCAGACAACAGCGACGACGAUAAGUCGUCGGAGUACCGCCUGCUGCUGAUUCAGACCAUCCACCAGUGCGCUGGGCAGUUCCCCGAAGUCGCUGCUGACGUGGUUGAUCUGUUCCUCGACUCGAUUGCCGAGUUUGGCGCCACGUCGGCGACAGAUGCCAUUGUGUUUGUUCGCGAGGUGGCCGAGAAGUUCCCGGACCUGCGCCAGAGCAUCGUGCAGAACCUGGUGCAUGCCUUCCUGGACUUCAAGACAGGCAAGGUUAUCCGCGGCGCCCUGUGGAUCCUGGAGCUUCCGCUGCUGGCUGCUGAGCAGCGUGAGCUCGAUGGGCUGUCGAACCCCGAUGGCGCCGAGUCGACAGAGUCACGGCCUGCUGCCGCGCCGUCUGCGUCGCGUCGCAUCCUGCCCGACGGCACAUACGCGACCGAGUCGUCGCUGACGGCAGCAGCAGCCCCCAGCAGCUCGUCGCUGAAGUUCGACUCCAAGCCUCCCUCUGCCGACUUCUUCACCGGAACCGUCCUGGCCAGCACCCUGGCCAAGCUUGUCAACUCGCUGCGGGCCGAGGCCGUGCUGAUCAUGGCCGGCAUUAUCCGCAUUGGCCAGUCGACCUUCGACUCGUACGACCGGGUCCUUUCGUGCAUCCGUGCCCUGGAGUACAUGGACACAGACUCGGAGGUGCUGACUGAUGCGUUUAUCAGCGACACCCAGAGUGCGUUCUCGCGCCUCGUCAGCGGCGAAGCCAAGCGUGCGGCUGAGGAGAAGAAGAAGGACAGCAAGGACACGGCCGUGCAGAAAACGGUCGAUGACGAUUCCGACUCGCUGAAGCGCGACAUUGAGCUGGCCACCGGCGAGGCUGAGAGCCGUGCGUCGCUCACGGGCUUCUCCGACGCGGUGUAUGCCGAGGCCUACGUCAGCGUCAACCAGUACGACAUCCUGCUGGACAUCAUGGUGGUCAACCAGACCAACACCACGCUGCGCAACCUGUCGAUUGAGUUCUCGACCCUGGGCGAUCUGAAGCUGGUCGAGAAGCCGAUGUCAUACAACGUUGCGCCCUUCUCGUUCUCGAGCGUCAAGGCCAACAUCAAGGUGUCGUCGACCGAGACUGGUGUGAUCUUUGGCACCAUCGUCUACGACGGGCCGGGUUACAUCCGCCCGUCACGCUGCGACGAGGCUCAGUUCCAUUCCAUGUGGACUGAGUUUGAGUGGGAGAACAAGGUCAACAUGUCGACCACUGCUGCCGCGGCUGCCAGCAUGGACCUGAGGGCGUACUUGAAGCACAUCAUGAAGGCAACCAACAUGGCAUGCCUGACGCCCGAGAAUGCGCUGGAGGGCGACUGCGGGUUCCUGUCGGCCAACCUGUACGCUAGGUCGAUCUUUGGCGAGGACGCACUGGCCAACAUCUCGAUCGAGAAGCCGUCGGAGGACGCUCCGAUUACCGGCCACAUCCGCAUUCGCGCAAAGACCCAGGGCAUUGCCCUGAGCCUGGGCGACAAGAUUUCGGCUGCCAAGGUCUCGCUGCAAGAGUAA